AUGUUCAUUAUGUAACAACAAAAUAUGUUACAUUCACGGGGUGAUCACGCAAAACGUUUAUAUUUACGUGUGAUCGAUGUUAAAGGAUAAGGCAUUGUUGAAGCCUGCCACGUAUUAGCCAUUAGGUUCUGUUGUAUAUUUGUGAAAUAAGAAAGUAUUCAUAUAUUGGAUAGCACAAUCAAAGUUCAUGAUGUCAAAAGGUAACAAAGGAAGCCAAAUUGUGACACUGAAAGUUGGUGACGGCUCGGAAUGCACUAUAAAUUUACACGGUGCCACUGUUACAUCAUGGAAGAAUAAAGGAGAGGACAUCUUUUUUUGCAGUGAAAAAGCAGUGUUUGAUGGGAAGAGCCCCAUUAGAGGUGGAAUUCCAAUUGUUUUCCCUCACAUGGGACUAUGGAACCUUGGACCUAAGCACGGGUUUGCAAGGAUCAAGCAGUGGAAAGUUGCAGAAACCGUCACUCAGUCAGUUGAUGAUCCGAGUUGCAGAGUAUUUAUCUUAGAAGAUGACGAAGAGACUAGGAAUAUGUGGAAUGCAAGGUUUAGGUUGGAAUAUACAGUUAAUUUGGCUGAAGAUUCUCUUAGGGUCUCUUUAAAAGUUUUCAACAAAGGUACACAAAAUUCGUUUUCAUGUGAUGAAGCUUUUAGUUUUAUGACACUAAUGCAUACAUACUUUCGAGUUGACGACGUAACUAAAGCAGGAGUGAAGGGACUGAAAGGUUUAAAGUACAAAGAUGUGAUAAAUGGAGGAGAACAUUUAGAAGAACGAGAAACUGUAACAAUUAAUAAUGAGGAAUUUGAUGGAAUUUACAAGAAAUGCCCUUGCCCAGUUGAGCUGGUUCCGGAAAUGGAUAAAACAACAUCCCGAAGAAGGCUUGUAACAAUGAAUCUAAAUGAUACAAUUGUUUGGAACCCAUGGGCAGAACGAGCUAAAGCCACGCCAGAUUUAGGGGACAAAGAGUACCACAAUAUGCUGUGUGUAAUGUCCGGAGCUGUCAGCGAACCCAACAUUCUUGGAGCUGGGCAAUACAUGACUUUCACACUGACUAUUGUCGUUGAUUAAACCUCUAAAAUGGGAUAGAGAGUA